UAUAUUUUCCGUCAGUGUGUCCGCAUCGCGCGACCACAUUGGGUUCGUAGUGAAAUUCAGCAUGAUGCCUUGCUUUCGUGUUAAGUGAUUGUUUCAAGUGUAAUAUAUACUUACUUAAUACAUCAUACAUAACAGAAAAAUAGUUCAGACCACGGAAGCAGAACGAUGCAAACUUAUCUGUGAUAAUAUAUUUUGAAAAAAUAAAGUAUGGCCGCGAAAAAAAUUGAAAUCGUUCCCACGAGGACCAUGGCGUGUGAGAACGAGAAGCAACCAGUGUCGCCAUUUUUACGACAGUUGCAAGCGGUAAGUGGUGUGGUGAUGUACAUGAUCGGCACCGGCGCCAACAUCGCGUACCCUGGCGUGCUGCUGGAGCAGUUGCGACAACCUGACUCCGCCGUGCGACUGACGCCGGAGCACGAGUCCUGGAUAGCAUCCAUCCUUGGCCUGGCUCUGAUCUCUGGUAUCCUCACGGCACCAUUCUGCCUGCAGAAGCUUGGUCGAAGACUGACGAACCAGCUCAGCACGCUGCCAACCUUGGCAGGCUGGGCACUGCUGCUGACUGCUAAGGAUCCUAUUGCCCUGCUCAUGAGUAGAUCGUUGCAGGGUUUCGGCAUGGGUUUACAAGCAGCAGCCGCGCCCGUCUCCAUCGCUGAGUACUCCUCACCAAAGCACCGAGGAGUGUUCCUGGCAACCAUCGCGUUUUCCUUCGCAACCGGCAUGCUAGUCGCUCACGUCUUCGGAACUAUCCUAUACUGGAGAACAGCUGCAGUAGCCUGUGGAAGCUUCUACGUGGUCUCCCUAAUCCUGAUCUCACUAUCCCCAGAAACCCCACCGUAUUUGGCUUCAACGGGAAAAUUCAACGAAUGCCGAAAAUCCUUCAGAUGGUUAAGAGGCUAUGACGAAGAUGCCGAAAAGGAAUUAGAAAUUCUCCUCAACAGCCAAAAGAAACAGACGAUAACCACACCUAAAGUCUCAAAAUUGAAGUAUUAUGCUGAUGUAGUUAGGAAACCAGAGUUUUAUAAGCCUACUGUGAUAAUGAUGUUUAUGUUUGUACUAUUCCAAGUAUCAGGAAUGACAGUCAUACCAUCGUAUACCGUCUCAAUAAUGAACGAAGUAACUGGUGGUCAGAUAGAAUCUUAUACCAGUAUGCUAAUGGUAGAUGUUGUACGUUUCAUCAGUGCUGUAAUAGCGUGUAUUGUAAUCAAUAAGUUAAAUCGACGUACAGUCCUCUUUUUGGGGAUAUACAUUAGUGUAGCAUCUUUAUUUAUUACGUCAAUACUUUUGUAUUUAAGAGAUUUCGGGUAUAUACCUGAUCCUUAUAAAUGGACGCCUGCUAUAUCGACUCUGUUAUAUAUUUUCGGUAAGACUUUAGGAAUCUUGCCUAUACCUUGGGCAAUAGCUGGAGAAAUCUUCCCGUUAGAGUACAGAUCCCUUGGAAGUGGUAUUUCAGGAUUAACUUUAUCCCUCAUGUUCUUUCUGGUAGUUAAAACUGCUCCUGCCCUGUUUCGUGCAAUUAGUGUGAAGGGAACAUUUUGCGUUUAUGGAUUUUGUAUAUCAAUAUGUGGAGUUUUCUUAUUCUUUCUGCUCCCAGAGACGAAAGGUAAAACGUUGUAUGAAAUCGAGUGCCAUUUUAAGGGGGUGAAAGAUAAAGCAGUACAAAUAGAAAUGAGUGAAAAGGAUAGGAUGUUAGAGUUAGAGAAGGUAGAAGAGGGAUGAUGGAUUGCAUGAAAGAGACAGGAAAUGCCUUCCAGCUUUAAAAAGCUGACCCAGUAGUUAAGAAAAUGGAUAAUCACUAUCCAUAUUCAUACUUUACCUACUAUACUUAGUAAUACUUAAUAAAUGCAAAAUUGUGUCGGUUUGUGCUACUAGCUCUAUCUGUCCAUCCGUUUACGGUC